CCUUCGGCGCCGCGUGAAAGGCGAGUGCGCGCGAACACCCUCCCGGCUGCAGCCGGUCCGGAUCCCGCGGAUGCGCGGGGGUUGCACCGAGGCCCACGGGCUGGAGGCGCUGUGCUGGGGCCGGGGGUGCGGCGAGCCUGGGUGCGGCGAUCGGGUCACGUGGUUCCGGGGCCGGCGUGUCCGAGACCUCGGUGCUGGGUGGAACUGCAGGAUGAUGGUGAAGGCAGCCGCUUCCUUCUGAAGAUAAAUGUGAGAGCUGCCACUGAGAGCUGUCAUGUUAUCCAGGAAACUGCCAAGUCCGUAGAUCCUGGUUUCUCACACAUGAGCCUCCUCUUGCAAGAUAAGAAAGGAGUUCCUGGAGCCAAGAACUCAUUCCCAGCGUCCGAGACCCAGCCACGACCUCACACCAGAGCUCUGGGGCGCGAGCAGAGGAAGCGCGGCACAGAAAGAGCUCAGAUUUGCUGAUCACCUCACACAGGGAACAGAAAAUGACCACGUUACAGGAGUCAAUCUCAUUUGAACAUUUAUCUGUGGACUUCACCCAGAAGGAGUGGCAGCUGCUGGACCCGUGUCAGAAGGACUUAUACAAGGAUGUCAUGUUGGAGAACUACAGCAGCCUGGUGGCACUGGGGUAUGAAUUUAUGAAACCUGAUGUCAUUUUCAAGUUGGAACAAGGAGAAGCACCGUGGAUAGAAGAUGGAGAAGUUCCAAGUUCAGACUCUCCGGAACAAGACUUUCAAGUAAAUAGUCACAUGAUGUGGAACCAGGAUAACCAAGGGAAGCCUAAAAAUACGAAACAAGAUUAUGAAUGUGAUGCAUUUGGAAAAAAUUUCAGUCAGAGCAUAAACUUUGUUCCUUUAAGGAAAUCAAACAAUGAAGGUGAUGUAGAUGGAUUAACGUUAAAACGCCAUUUAGAUUUACUUCUUCCAAAAGCUGAUUAUGGAAAAAUAGAGCGAGAUGACUUAAAUGUAUUUGAUAAAUUGUUUCUCCAUACCAAGCCUGAGGAAACUGAUACUUGGUUAAAACAUUAUGAGUGUGAUAAAUAUGAUAACGUUAACUAUAAGAAGUCACAGAUUAUCAUCUAUCACAGAAAUCGUUUAGGGGAGAAACUUUAUGAAUGCAGUGAAUGUAGGAAGCGCUUCAGUAAGAAAUCCAGUCUCAUGAAGCACCAGAGCAGACAUAUGAGAGAGAUCGCCAUUGGCUGUGGUAAAUCUGACAAAACCUUUCCGCAGAAGUCACAGUUCAUCACACAUCACAGAACUCCUACAGCAGAGAAACCUUACGAUUGUAGCCAGUGUGGGAAAGCCUUCUCCCAAAAGUCACAGCUCACAUCCCAUCAGAGGACACAUACAGGAGAGAAACCAUAUGAGUGUGGGGAAUGUGGGAAAGCCUUCUCCCGGAAGUCACAUCUGAUAUCACAUUGGAGAACACACACAGGAGAAAAACCCUAUGUAUGCCACGAAUGUGGGAGGGCCUUUAGUGAGAAGUCCAAUCUUAUUAAUCAUCAGAGAAUUCAUACAGGAGAGAAACCUUUUGAAUGCAGAGAAUGUAGGAAAGCUUUUAGCAGAAAGUCACAACUCGUUACACAUCACAGGAUUCAUACAGGAACGAAACCCUAUGGGUGUAGUGAUUGUAGAAAAGCCUUCUUCGAGAAAUCAGAGCUCAUUAGGCAUCAGACAGUUCACACUGGAGAGAAGCCCUACGAAUGCAGUGAAUGUCAGAAAGCAUUCCGAGAGAGGUCGAGUCUCAUUAAUCAUCAGAGAACCCACACAGGAGAGAAACCUCAUGGCUGCAUUCAGUGUGGAAAAGCUUUCUCCCAGAAGUCACAUCUGAUAUCACAUCAGAUGACCCACACAGGAGAGAAACCCUUCGUAUGCGUUAAAUGCGGGAAAGCUUUCAGUGAAAAAUUAAGCCUCACUAAUCACCGGAGAAUUCAUACAGGAGAAAAACCCUACAUGUGCAGUGACUGUGGGAAAGCCUUUUGUCAGAAGUCACAUCUCAUAUCACAUCAGAGGACGCACACAGGGGAGAAACCCUAUGAAUGCACCGAAUGUGGGAAAGCCUUUGGAGAGAAGUCAAGUCUCGCAACUCAUUGGAGAACUCACACGGGAGAAAAGCCCUAUGAAUGCAGGGACUGCGAGAAAGCCUUUGCCCAGAAAUCGCAGCUUAAUACUCACCAGAGAAUUCACACAGGAGAGAAGCCCUAUGAAUGCAGUCUUUGUCAGAAAGCUUUCUUUGAGAAGUCAGAGCUAAUUCGACACCAGAGAACUCACACAGGAGAAAAACCGUAUGAAUGCAGUGAAUGUCAAAAGGCCUUCAGGGAGAAAUCAAGUCUCCUCAAUCAUCACAGAACACAUACAGGAGAGAAACCGUUUGAAUGCAAUGAAUGUGGCAAAGCCUUCUCUCGGAAGUCACACCUGAUACCACAUCAGAGGACACACACAGGAGAGAAACCCUACGGGUGCACUGAGUGUAGGAAGGCAUUCUCCCAGAAGUCACAGCUGGUUAAUCACCAGAGAAUUCAUACCGGAGAGAAACCGUAUCAAUGCUAUGACUGUGGGAAAGCCUUCUCCCAAAAGGCACAGCUCAUUAACCAUCACAGAACCCAUUCCAGAAAGAAAUCAUAGACAUGACAUUAAUAUAUGUCUUUGACAGAGACCUGACGUUACUGUACUUCAGGAAAUGCACUAUGGUAAAUCAGACAAUGCGCACAUAUCAUUAUAUAUCUGAGUACUCUCUGCGGGGGGCGGAGGAGGUAGGAGUUGUAACUGAGGUUAUAUAGGGAAAGUUUCAGCAGAUUUAGCAGUUUUAUAGAUCAGAAGUCAUAGAGUGGAAUGAGCCUAUGAAAUGCAGUGUGUUUUAAAAACCUUUAAAAUUAUAGUGAAACCUAAUAUAGUAGAAAAUUAACAGCAAAGGGGAAUACUAUGAAUAAUAGAAAGCCUUCUAGAGUGUAAAUUUCAUUACCGGUUAGAAACAUUGCCACUGGGGUUAAAUCCUAGUCCAGUGAGUAAAUGAAUGUUGCAUUUGAGGUAAUCUUUUCAUCAAAAAAAUUACAGCUCAGUGUACAUAAGAAAUUGCUCUAAGAAAUGAAGUUUGUGAAAAUAGGAAUAUGGAACAGUCUUUAGCAAGUAAUGUAACCAUAUUGUAUUUCGGAGAAUUCAUAUUGUGGAUAUACCUAACAAUUUAAAGACAGUGGAAACGUGUGCCCCUAGAAAUAAUGCUAUAAAGGGAAGCCAUAUACUUUUUAUAGACGUGAGUACCAAAAAUCCCCAAUUCUAAGUGGUUGACAGGUUUUCACUCAGAAGGAUGAAGAUACAUGAGAAAACUGAAUAAUUGAAAAUUCUAAAUUAGGAA